AUGGAUUCUAUUAAUUCUUUUGAUAUUCGUCUAGAAAAGGAUGUUUAUUAUCCAGGAGAACCCUUAAAUGGGGUUGUUAUUAUUGACUUAAUGGAACCAAUUAAAUUAAGAGGAAUUCGUGUUUUUCUUCGAGGGAGGGCUAGAGUUCAAUGGAAAGUUUUAAAAUCUGGGGAAUCAAAAACUUUAAAAGACGACCAAUAUUUACUUGAUGAUAAAGCUUUACUUUGGGGAAGAGAAAGGCAACAACAGCAGCAACAAACUUUUGAUGAAUUAGAUGAAACUACAAGUAUAGAAAGUGAUUUAAUUCAACAACAACAAACACAGAUAUUACCUAAAGGACUACAUGAAUUAGCUUUUAAUUUUAAUCUUCCUCCAACACAAUUACCUUGUUCUUUAGAAACUAAAGCAGGAACAAUUCGUUAUUAUGUUAAAGUGCUUGUUGAUAUGCCUUAUGCAAGUUCUCCACAAGGAAUUAAAUAUUUUACAUUAAUUGGGCCUCAUAUAGACUGUUUGGAAGAAAAAUAUUUGUCUCCAUUAACUGGGCAAGAUCAUAAAAUUCGUUGCCAGCCUUGUUGUCGUCGAGGGGUUGUUGCUUUAAGAGUAAUUCUCGAAAGGAGUGCUUAUUGUUGUGGAGAACAAAUUAAAUUAAAUUUACAUUUAGAAAAUAGGCAAGAAUGCCCGACACAAAUUUGUGUUAAAUUAAUUCAAAAUUUGGAAUAUAGAAUAGAUAAAGGUGGAGGGUUACCUUGUGAAAUAAAAACUAUUCAAUCAACAGCUUUAGAAUGGAAAUCACAAUUUGUAUUAAAACAUUCCCAAUUAAAUAUUGACCCAAAUAAUUUUGAUCCCUUACUUCAAUUGCCAACACUUCCCCCAACUAUGAUUGGAUUUUGUCGUUUAAUUCAACUUUAUUAUAUUUUAAAAAUAAAUGUAAAUCAAUGUCCGUAUAUUAAAAAUCACAAAUUAAAUAAAGAAUCUUCAACAUCUAACAAUAAUAAUAUUUCUCCUCCUCCUUCUUCAUCUACUCCUUCUUCAAUUUCUUCUUCAGAAUCUUGUCUAGAAAUGGAUUUUCCUUUAACAAUUGCAACUGUUCCUUUUAGAGAAAUUCAUUCACAAUUUUAUAGUGUUGUUUAUGAUUUUUGUGGCGGACAUGUAGAAACAGGAAAAUAUAUUUCUCCAGAAUUUCGUCUCGGCCAAGUUUGGGAUGGUCGAAUACAGGAAAAUGAAAAUAAUAAUAAUUUAAAUAUAGAGGAAAUUGUUUUGUAUAGGCCUGUUUAUGUUAAAAUAAUUGGAGAACAACAACAAACAGAAAAAGCUUUACCUAGUAAUAGCAGUGGUGGGGGUAUAUGUAGAAGACAAUCAACUAGAAUUGUUGGGGGUUCUAAUAAUGAAAAUAAUAUUUUAACAAAACAAAAGGAUGGGGUAAAUAUUUAA